UGCUGCAUUUGUCUUGUAGGCAAUGCUGUGGUGGUGAAGCCAUCAGAGAUCAGUGAGAACACAGCUAAGGUGAUGGCUGACCUCCUCCCCCAGUACCUUGACCAGGAGCUGUACCCUGUGGUCACUGGAGGAGUGCCUGAGACCACAGAGCUGCUGAAGCAGAGAUUUGAUCACAUCCUCUACACUGGCAACUCCGCGGUGGGCAAAAUCGUGAUGGCAGCGGCGGCCAAGCACCUGACGCCGGUCACCCUGGAGCUGGGGGGGAAGAGUCCCUGCUACAUCGACAGCGACUGUGACCUGGCUGUCGCCUGCAGGCGGAUAACGUGGGGCAAGUACAUGAACUGUGGGCAAACCUGCAUCGCCCCUGACUACAUCCUCUGCCACCCAUCCAUUCAGAGCCAGGUGGUGGAGAACAUCAAGGCCACUCUGCAGGAGUUCUAUGGGGCAGAUGUGAAGUCAUCUCCCGAUUACGAAAGGAUCAUCAACAAGCACCACUUCAAGAGGAUCCUGGGCCUGCUGGAAGGGCAGAAGAUUGCUCAUGGGGGAGAGACUGAUGAGGCCUCCUGCUUCAUAGCACCCACCAUCCUCACCGACGUUUCUCCGGAGUCAAAGGUGAUGGAGGAGGAGAUCUUUGGACCAGUCCUCCCCAUUGUGCCUGUGAAGAGUGUGGAGGAAGCCAUUGAGUUCAUCAACCUUCGGGAGAAGCCUCUUGCCCUGUAUGUCUUCUCCAACAAGAAGGAGGAUGUUGUUGGCCCACCUUGAUUUCCCUCUGUGCCAUAUCUCAUUGUGGGCAGCUGAUCAGAAAGGUGAUGUUGGAGACCUCCAGCGGUGGUGUGACAGUCAACGAUGUCCUCAUACAGUAUGGGGUUCUCAGUCUGCCCUUUGGAGGUGUGGGUAAGUCUUUGCUUCAUCCUAAACACCUGGUUUCAGUCUCCCACCAGCAGCCUCAGACCCAGGUGCCAUCAUGGGCAUCUGGCAGUU